CCCCUUUUUGUGGUCAUUUUCGGUUUUUUCGGGCUGAUUUCCUUGGGCUUCGCUCGGAGAAGGAGGUGUCGGCGUUAGACUCGGAAUUUUUUUUUGGGGAGGAAGCUUGCGGUCUUUGUUCAUUCAUUUUUGAUCGGUUGGGUUCCUUUGUUGUACCAAAAAAAAAAAAAAAAAGAGCAUGGGAGCACAAAUCUCCAAAACCGCUGGAAAAGACGAGGCUGCGCUGGAAAAGCCAGCAGAAGGUGCAGCUGUUGCAGCGAAGACAAACGGACAGGAGAAUGGACACGCCAAGACCAAUGGGGAUGCCUCUCCAGCUGCAGAGGAGGCCAACAAAGCUGAUGUUCAGGCCAACGGCAGCACUCCCACUGAGGAGGCGCCAAAAGAAGACGGCGAAAAAGUAGAGGGUGCCGAGGCCAACGGCGAGAAGGAGCCCGCCGCCACAAACGGAGAGGCUUCUGCCAAGCCGGAGGAAGGCACUCCAUCCACCAGCGAGGACGGCAAGCAGAAGAAGAAGCGUUUCUCCUUCAAGAAACCCUCCUUCAAGCUCAGCGGCUUCUCCUUCAAGAAGACCAAGAAGGAGUCCGAGGAGGCGGCAGAGGAGAGCGCAGCAGCAGCAGCAGCAGCCGGAGGAGAGGAGAAACCAGCUGAGGGAGAGAAGGCUGCGUCUGAGGAAGCCCCCGCUGAGGAGGCCAAACCUGCUGAGGCCGCCGAGGGAGCCAAGGAGGCUGCAGCUGAGGAGCCGAAAGCCGAGGAGGAGGUGAAGGCGGAGGAACCGGCGGCGGCGGCAGCAGCAGCAGGCGGAGAGGAGAAACCAGCUGAAGCUUCACCUACUGAGCCAGAGACGGCAGCCAGUCCAGAGGCCGCUGCUGAGUAAUCCUGCUGAGCGAGAAACCGGAAUGAAGUAGGUGAAGGAGCCCGUGUGAAGGAAAUGCGAGGACUUGUCUAAAACCAGGGAUUUUUUUUGUUCAUUUUUUUUGUUGGUGUUUGUUUACUAUUCUACAACCAUCUCAUCCAUUAUGACUGCAACGUCCUUGGCAGUGAUGGACAGGAGGUGUACUGGAGAGUGUGCUGCUUCCUCACUGCUCAUUGGUGCUUGCAAUUGUGACGUGGGUGAGUGUGAAGGUGUGAAUGCGAGUGUGAAUGCUUUUCUACAUGAAACCAUGACUGUGUUGACACAUACCUGAAUUCGACAUAUUUUAUCCAAGUAUUUGGUGCUGGGCAAUUGGAUGUAGCAGCUAAAGCUGUGUCUGCAAGAAAUGACAUUGUGAUAUUUAAAGGGAAAGUCCUAAACCAAGUCUUAAAUGUUGUCUUUGCAGUGCACAGUUGUUUACAACUCUUAAACUCUCAAUGCUCCUGUGGACACAACCAUUCCUUGAAUGAACUAGAUUUAGUGAACUGUCAAAAACGAUAGGUGCUCAUCACUUCCCAUUAUUAGAUCCCACCAUUUCAAAACUCUGUAGUAAUGCACGUUGUAUAGACUUUGAUAUUACUGGUUUUAUGACUGAGAUGUACCUAAAUGACUGAAGUUUUUAACAGAUUACCCAUUGUAAAUGAAGUUUUCUUGUUUUUCACCAUUUGUAAGAUUGAAUAAAAUUGGGAGAUGUUUUAAGCAAACUUUGUAUCGCACUGUGAUGACUGAAACACAACUUAACACUAGAAACCAUUAAUGGAAGGGGGUCGUGGGUGCAAUGUUUCAACAGCAUUUCUCUGUAAAUACCUAGGAUUCACUUUAUCCAAAUGUACAUCACAAACUGGUUAUAGGUGUUAAGUUUAUUAUGUGUGAACAGUACGGAAUAAAGGACUUAAGUUUGAA